ACAGGGCGGGUCUCAUAAAGUAAAUUAUCGUCUCUAAUAUGAUUUUUAGAGCUCUCAAAACUGCUUAAAACCAACUUCGUUUUUUCUAGCAGAACAGCAGAGAGUCAAUAUAGAACAGCAUCUCCGAUCUCAGAUCUGAUCGGUUUUCAAAUGUAAUUUAACAGUUGAUGCUUGGUUUUAAUUGCUGAGCAGAAGCAGUUGGGGUCUGUCACAUCAGUCAAAUCUGAAAUUGAUUUGUCACCCAUACCUUAAAGACUCUCCCUUCUAAAAUAGAGAUGCCUAACAAAUCAGAUUGGCUCUUUGUGAAUCUACUACUUCUCAAUGGGUUCUCUGUCUUCUGCAUAGAGAAGUUUCAGGUUGUUGGUCCAGAUGUUCCUGUCGUUGUUUUCCCAGGUGAAGACACUGUUCUGCCCUGUUACCUCUCACCAAACAUCAGUACUAUGGACCUGGAGAUCAGGUGGUUUAAAAAAAACUUUGCAUCUCCUGUGAUCUUAUUCAAAAACAAAAGGUACAACCGUGAUUUGCAGGACGAAUUCUACAGGGGAAGGGCUGAACUUUUCCCAGAUGAGCUUCUCCAUGGCAAUGUGUCUCUAAAACUGAGGGAUGUGAAACACUCUGACCAUGGACAGUACACAUGUCUGGUGGAGUCUACUGAACAUUAUGAAGAUACUCAAAUAAACCUUGGCGUAAGAGCCCUGGGCUCCCAGCCCUCAGUGUCUCUCCACACCCCUGGAGGAGAUCAGACUCAGCUGCUAUGUAGAUCGGAGGGGUGGUAUCCCGAACCUGCAGUGAUCUGGAUAGACAGGGAUGGAAACGAUGUGACAUCCCUUUCCAAAACCACAGUGGAAAAGGACAGUCAGGAGUUCCUGAAUGUGAGCAGCUACAUCCCAGUCAAACAGGAAUCCAAUGUCUUCUCCUGUAUGAUUAUAAGUGUUCUACCUGAACCAGACUGGGGAUCUCAGCUCCACAUUCCGAGAGACUUUUUUCCUGGACCCUCAGGAUGGAUGGUGUCUCUGUUCUUAAUAGUAACUAUUACUGUAGCAGCAUCAACACUUCUGGUGAUCCAGUGGAGAAGAAUGGACAAGGAGGAGACUAUGUAUAUAUUAAAGGUCAAUCCCUUACUUCAUAGAGAACUAGAGGCGGUGAAGAGUUUUGCUGUCCCUAAAUCACAAUGGCAGUGGCUGUGCAGUGCUGCAGCUGAACUGACACUGGACCCCGAUACAGCAUUUUGUUAUCUCUCCCUGUCUGAGGAUAGGAGAAAAAUGAGAUGGAAGGUUUUGCCUCAUGUCCUGCCUGACAAUCCACAGAGAUUUGAUUCUCUGUCCUGUGUCCUGAGCAGGGAGAGCUUCACCUUAGGGAGAUACUACUGGGAGGUGGAGUUGAAUGACCAGUGGAGAAUAGGAGUUACCAGAGAUUCUGCAGAGAGGAAGGGGGGACUCACUUUCUCUCCCGAGAAGGGCUACUGGGUGCUGGAGUGUGAUUCUUCUCAUCUGACUGUGUUGCCUAGGAGGGUGGGGGUGUAUUUGGAUAUCGAGGAGAGGAAGGUCUCUUUUUACUCUGUGGAUUCCAGGACUCAUAUCUUCACUUUCACUGACAUGGUUUUCAACCAGGGGGAGAAGAUCUAUCCUUUCUUCUGGACCAUUGAUGAGUAUAAAGACCUUGUGGUGCUGCCCCCUGUCAGCUGUGAAGAUCAAUCACACAUCACUGAUUCAUGAAGAAAAGCUGAUGUGACUCUGGACAGCAGAGUGGACAACAAAAUACAGCAAACCUACCUCUCUCUGUCUGAGGAUAGGAAGAGAUUGUCUCCCUGACAGUCCAGAAAGAUUUGACUUGACCUCAAAGAUUUUACCGCAGUGAGACACUACUGGGAGGUGGAGGUGAAUGACUUGUGGAGGACAGCAGUAACCAGAGAGUCUGUAGUGUGGAAAGAAUAUUUCAACAUCUUUCCCCAGAAGGGUUGCUUGUGUAUGAACCCUUACUCUUAUGUUUUCUCUGCUUUCAUUGACCCUGUAACUGAUCUCCCCCUUACUUGGUGGCCCAGGAAGAUGUGAAUAUGGGUGGAUAUUGAGGAGAAGAAGAUCUCACUUUUAAACAGUGGAGUCCAGGACUCAUGUCAUAUGUAUACGUUCCCUGAUAUAGUUUUCAAUCAGGCCACUUAAGAUCUCUCCUGACUUCUGUACCUGGGAUUCAUAAAAAAGGCCUACUGCUACCGUCUCCUGUUAUACUGUUUGGAGAGAUCAAACACAUUACUGAUUCAUGAACAGAGGGUGACACAGUCACACCUCUAUGGUAUGUAUCUAUAUUAAUAUUAUUAAAUUUACUCACCGUUAUUGUUUUUUGGCAUCUGUGUGGGAUUUUGGGUGGGUCAGGUUUGACAUAGGACUGAGUAAACGACUGUGUCAAGACUGAUGUCUUCAUCACUGUGGAUUGUGGACAUAACUUCAAUUAAGUUAAUUUUGUAAUUAAUUAAAAAAGAAAAAUAAAAUAGUGCUGCUCUG